UUCUUAACAGGAGGUCGCUGCGAGGUCACGGUGAUUGACUUUUACCCAGUACUUCUGUUAAAGGAAUCCGAAACCAAUAAAGAAUACUUCUGGUAUUACUGAAUCAAUCUCUCAAAUCUAGAUCUUCCUGUUUUGGCGACUUUUUGAAGAUCUUAGAGAAACACAAACAAGAUGAAGGCUCUUAUCCUUGUUGGAGGAUUUGGAACAAGAUUGAGACCAUUGACUCUAAGUAUGCCAAAGCCUCUGGUGGAAUUUGCUAAUAAACCCAUGUUAUUGCACCAGAUAGAAGCUCUGAAAGCAGUUGGAGUGACUGAAGUCAUUUUAGCUAUCAAUUACCAACCAGAGCUUAUGAUGAAUUUCAUAAAAGAGUUUGAGGAGAAGCUAGCCAUCAAAAUAACCUGCUCGAGAGAAAUCGAGCCACUUGGAACUGCUGGUCCUUUAGCUUUGGCAAGGGAAACAUUAAUCGAUGGAACCGGAAAUUCAUUCUUUGUCCUCAACAGUGAUGUUAUUUCUGAAUACCCCUUCAAGGAAAUGAUUGAGUUUCAUAAUUCUCACGGAGGCGAGGCUUCCAUCAUGGUUACCAAGGUUGAUGAGCCAUCUAAGUAUGGCGUUGUGAUUCUUCAAGAGACGACAGGAAAAGUAGAGAAAUUCGUUGAGAAACCGAAAGUAUUUGUGGGUAACAAGAUUAAUGCCGGAAUCUACUUACUAAACCCUUCAGUUUUAGAUCGAAUCGAGUUAAGACCAACUUCGAUUGAAAAAGAGGUUUUCCCAAGAAUUGCAGCCGAGAAUAAACUCUUUGCAAUGGUCCUACCCGGGUUUUGGAUGGAUGUUGGACAGCCAAAAGAUUAUAUAACAGGAUUGAGACUGUACUUAGAUUCCCUUAACAAGACCUCCCCUUCAAAAUUGGCUAAAGGUAUUUUUGCAGUUGGGAAUGUUUUGGUUGAUGAAAGUGCUGUAAUUGAAGACGAUUGUCUCAUUGGGCCAGACGUAGCUAUUGGGCCUGGGUGCGUAAUUGAGUCUGGGGUUAGGCUAUCUAGUUGUACGGUUAUGCGUGGAGCUAGAGUGAAGAAACAUGCUUGCAUUUCCAAUAGUAUUAUUGGUUUGUAUUCUACAGUUGGAAGGUGGGCGCGGCUUGAAAAUAUGACUAUUUUGGGUGAAGAUGUUCAUGUGGGUGACGAAGUAUAUAGUAAUGGAGGUGUAGUUCUUCCCCACAAAGAAAUUAAAUCCAGUAUCUUGAAACCGGAGAUCAUCAUGUAAAAAGUUUCAAUGUGUUUUUAGUAGUUCUUGUUGGGUGAAAGAUAUUUAAUUUGUAUGAGUUAUGAGGGAAAAUAAUAGAUGAAUUAUUGACUACUUGGCUUUAUAAUUUUUUUCUAUUUGUUUUUUCUUUUUCAUUGGCCAUGUAUUAGGGACUUUUGAAUUAUUGCAGGGUAUGCCUACCCCAGA